AUGUCUUUUGAGACUUCUAAAGAAAGAAUGAAUCUAGCAAAGAUACCACAGGCUUACGUAAUUGGUGGUCUGAUGUAUGAGUUAGUGGGACUAAUACGGAAACGCACUAACCCUAAUCAGUCCAAAGUGGUUACAGAGGUUAUUCAAGAAAUUAAUGCUAAAGAGGUACAAAACGAGCUGUCUACAGAGGUUAACAAAGAUGAAGAACCCAUUGAAGUGGUGACUGAAUCUCAAAAGGAUAAUGAAGUUGAUUAUGGAGUUGCUUCUGGACAGGAUAACAAGAAGGGGGAAAAGAAAUGGGUAGAUCUGGUGAAAACCAAUUGGAUAAAUCCAGGAAGUCCUCUAAAAUACAUACCACCCGUGAUUACAAAUGGUAUUAGUAUUGCUAAGAUUGCAGAGGAGGAUAUCUUAGAAGAAGAAGAUAGAUGGAAAAAUGCCAUUUUAGGUUGUGUUUAUGGGUUAUCCCCAAAGUUCUACAAAUUGCAUAAUUUCAUUAAGAAUAGAUGGGGUAAAAUUGGGUUGAUUGAUUUUCUUCAAAUUACACCCAAUCUGUAUGCGUUCGUCUUUGAAUCCGAAGAGGGCAAGCUUCAAGCUAUGGCAGAUGGCCCAAUAACGUUUGAUAGACACCCAUUAAGUCUCCAGGAGUGCAAAAGGAAUAUGUCCUUUGAUCUAUCGGAAGUUGCAUAUGUUCCUGUUUGGGUAAAACUUCCCCUGCUCCCAUGGGAAUUUUGGAGUCCCAAUUCCUUAAGUUCUAUAGCUAGCACCUUAGGAAAACCGUUGUUUACUGAUAGGUGUACCAGGGAAAGAUCUAUACUAGCUUAUGCUAGAAUCCUGAUUGACAUGAGAUUGAAAGGUGUUUUUCCUGAUAUUGUUGUAAUUGACGACGCUGAUGGUAACCAACACACCCAAUUUGUGGAGUAUGAAUGGAAGCCAAUCCUAUGUGAAUCCUGCAACAAAUUAGGGCAUCGUAAUUGUGAGCAAAAACAAAUCUGGAUUGCAAAGACAUCUGAUAAUGAGGCAGUUCAGGUUAUGGAGGAAAAAGGGAAAGAUAGGGAUAAGCCAGACUCUUUACAGCUAUUCCAGACCCCUCCCAAUACUCAGGAGGAUGGAUUUCAACUUGUCACUAGCAAGAAACAAAAGAACAAACAAGUAAUAAGAAGAACUGAAGAUGUUAAAGCAGAUAACAAGAGUGGAGGUAAUUCUAAAGCUCAAACUACCAUUAUUGAUAAAAUUCUUACCAAGAGGCUCAUAAAGCCCUUGGACAGAGGAAGAUGA